AUGCAUCCCGACGGCAGUUGCUCAGAGACACGGAGACAGAGGUGGAGGGACACAACUGCAACACAACCGGCGGCAACGGAAACGGCGACACGAAGCAGGAACCUGGAAACAGCAGGAAAGGCAUGCCGUGUAUUCAGCUGCUCAACUCGGCAUACAGAUGCCUCUGAGGAGGUCGCGGGACGAUCCUUGCCCUCUGAGAGUGGCCGUCUUGGCUUCGCUGCUGUGCCCAGUCAUUUGCUCGCCUUUAUUCUGUCUUUAGUUGGCGAUCAAUCGGCGGAAAAGGCUGCUGUUUCCCACGUCUGCCGUCGCUGGAGGGAAGCAGCGGGGCGUUAUUACAUGUGGCGUUCGGUGGAUGCGUCUCACCGGCCACUAAGCUCUCUGUCUGCUUCUGUGAGAUUAAGUGGUCAUCUCAGAAAUCUCUGGCAUAGGACAGAGACACUCAUCCUUGCAGACGACAACACAGCGGAGGCAACUGAACUGCUGCUGCAGCUUGCCAAUGCCUCAUGCAGCAGCGGCACCAGAAUCAGCAGAAGCAGCAAAAGGUUUAGCAGUGUUAGUUGCCGUUGUAGAGCCGGCAGCAGUAGCAGAUGCAGAAGCAGCAAGAGGGGAAACAGCAUCAGCAACAACCGCAAUUGUGGCAAAAGUGAGGCAGAGGAGGCACCGGGAGCCCGAAGUUGGACACUGCCGUGUCUGAGGCAUCUGAGGAUAUACAGCAGCAUGGGGGGAGGCUACAUCAGGCACUCGAUACCCCAAGAUGUAUUGGCUGAAGCAGACGCAGCUCGGCGGCCUUGUGGCUUAGCUUCUCUUCAUGCAGGCGACGGAUAUCGCAGAAACAGCAGCAGCUGCAGUAGAAGCGGCCUGCAACAUCUGGAAGAGCUGGUGCUGGAUACCGUAGUGGGGCCUGAGCUGCUGCUGGCCCUCCGAGGCAAAACGCCUAGACUGAAGACGCUUAUUAUAAGCCGCCUCAGCGAGAAACCCAACAGCAGUUACCAGGCAAGAUACGAACUAGCAGGAGUAUCGGCAUCAGGAGGAGAGGAACCCGCAGAGGAGCAUGUGUCUGCUCUUGAAGCAUUGCUACUACUGCUGGAGGAGCUUCCUCCACAGCAAUUGGCUGUCUUUGGCUUCGGGAAAGGCUUAGAACUAUCGGGGGGCGGCUUCGGCGCCGGGAGCAAAAGCAUUGGCAACAGCAACAACAGUGCAUGCAAGUUUCCGGAGGGCCUCAGCGGUCUUCGGGCUAGGUUACGGGGGAGAGGAAGAGAGGGAGACAAAGAAGAAGCGAUAGGAGAUGAACUAUGCUCUUUGCUCGCAUCCAAACACCAGGAAUCUCUCCGCGCACUAUGGAUGCCGGACAUUUGCACUUCGCUCGAGGCUGCAGGGGACCUCCUCUCUCGUUGCCGCAAUUUGAAUGUCUGUUCUAUCCCCGGGGCGUCGGUGCUGCAUCAACUCCAGUGCAUGCUGGGAAGCGGCCGCCCUGUGUGCGGCAGCUCGCCAGCAUCAUAG